AUGGUCUCUCAAGCUACUAUCGAACAUAUUAAGCAAUUAAUUAAUGAAAAGGACAUCUUCAUUGCAUCAAAGACUUAUUGUCCUUAUUGUCGUGCCACCUUGAAGACACUUUUCCAAGAUUUAAAAGUUCCUGAGUCUAAAGCCCUUGUUCUUCAAUUGGAUGAAAUGGACAAUGGUGCAGAGAUUCAAGAAGCCUUAAAAGAAAUCACUGGCCAAACUACUGUGCCAAACACCUUUAUUAAAGGCCAACAUAUUGGUGGUAACGAUAGUUUACAAUCUUUAAGAAAUUCUGGCAAAUUAGAUGAUUUAUUAAAACCAAUUCUAGCUUGA